GUUGCCAGAUUCUCCGACGCAGAGGCGUAGAGUUAACGACUUUUCCACUACCAUAGUGCCGCUGUCGACAUGGACCAUAAGCUAUUAUACACCACUUUAACGCUGCUUGUUUCAUAUAUAUUCCUACGGUGCAUCCUGCGCAAGGACCUACGGGACAAGGAAGGGCACCCGAUUCCCCCUGGACCCCCGUUCCGCUUCCCAUUCCUUCCUAGAUACCCUGAACUCAUUCUCCACAAGUGGACGAAGAAGUAUGGUCCUAUCUACUCAGUCUGGAUGGGUAACCAGCUCUUCGUCGUUCUCAACGAGCCGACCGUUGUCCGAGACCUCUUGGCGCUCAAUGGGGCUAACUUCUCGAGCCGCUGGAACUAUUUCAUGAAGAACCAGACAAUCCUGAAGGGCGGUGCGAUCACGGCUACUCCUUACAACGAUACAUGGAGGAAGCAUCGGAGGAUCGCGAACACCAUUUUGGCCUCCAAAGCCGUAGAAGGAUACACGGCGACUCUCGACUACGAAGCGCAUAUGCUCAUUCGCUCGCUAUACCAUGAGACCAAACAGGGAGAGGUUCCCGUCAACCCAGCGCGCUACGUUGGACGUUAUGUUCUGAAUAACAUGCUUUCUGUUACCUUUGGAACCCGCACGGGGUCUGUCGCGGAUCCUCUCGUCAAGAGGGCUCUUCCAUUGGGUAUGGAGUUCAUGCGAUUGACAGGACCGUGGUCCAAUGCGGUCGACUUCAUCAAACCUCUCCAAUGGAUACCUACCCGCACUCGUUCGCGAGGUCGCAAGCUGAGGCAAGACUUCCUGGACGUAUAUGGUGCGAUGGUCCGUCUCGUCAAAGAGCGCAUGGACUCCGGCGAGGAUGUCCCCGACUGCCUCGUCAAGUCCCUGCUUGCCUUCGAGAAAGAGGAACAGUUGAGCUGGACCGACAUGUGCAUGCUCACGACCGCCUUCGCUACUGGUGGCUCGCACUCGACAUCUGGGACUAUUCAAUGGUUCCUCGCAUUGAUGCCUUCCCAUCCGGACGUCCAGACCAAAGCACAUCAGGAACUGGAUCGCGUUGUAGGACGUUCGCGGUGGCCCACGCCCGAGGAUGAGCCGCGGUUGCCUUACGUACGAGCCAUCGUGAAGGAAGUUCUUCGUUGUCACUCUCCAUUCUGGAUGGCGACCCCCCAUUGUUCGGACGCCGACUUCGUCUACCGCGGCAUGUAUAUCCCAGCGAACACGGUGAUGAUGCUCAACUGUUAUUCGCUCCACCACAACGAAGAGCGAUACGUAGAUCCGUUCGAGUUCAACCCCGACCGCUUCAUUGACGAUAACCUCUCCAGCGCUGAGUCCUCGAAGCAAUCAAAUCCAAUGGACAGAGACCAUUGGGCUUUCGGAGCUGGUCGCCGUAUAUGCCCCGGUAUGCCCGUCGCAGAGAAGGAAAUCUUCCUCGCAGUCUCGCGACUGCUCUGGGCGUUCUGCAUCGGCGCCGUGCCAGGAAAGCCCCCGUGCUUGGAAGAAUACGACGGAAACUCUGGCCGCACGCCCCUCCCAUUUGAAGUACACCUCGUCCCUCGUCAUGAUCAGGUCGGUGCCGUGCUUGACGCGAAAGAGGAGGAGAUACCUACCGGUCUGGUUUGGACGGACGACAUCGAUUUCAAGCUCGCUUGAGACUGCCGGAUCCGCGACUAUCGACGCCCCGUGUGGCAGACAUGGAUAGCUAGAACGUACAGUCGUAGUACCACACCAUCUUAGUUCUUUGUUAAUUGACAAUAUAUUGUUUGGCGAUGUUUGGGUAGAUCAACGACGUAGCAGACCCGAUUCUGUCCUUGGAUUGCAUAGCUUUCUCGUCCUCCCAUCCGUACACUCCGCUGACUGUGUUCAUUCGCAUCUUUGUGUACGCGCACGUCUAUCCGCUGGUCCAGAGCGUUUGAUCGCCUGCCUACCUA